ACUUAGAAAAUGCUAAUGUAGAUAUUUUUUUUGAAGAGUUUAGUGGAGAUGAGAUUUUACAAGUUGACGUUGAAUUACCAGAUUUUGAUAUGCAUGAUAAUGAUUCAGUAAUAGAAGAGUUUUUUGAUUUUAAUAUCUUUGAACAACAGAAUACAACUGAAGAAGGUUCUCAUUCUCAACAAAGCACCAACAUUAAUGAUGAUUGGUCAAUUGAUGAUAUCUUCCAAUCUUGA